UUUUUUUAAUGGGAUGAAUUUUUGAAUUACUUGGGUUAUUAUGGAAUUUAGUAUUUCGGCAAUUUCAGAGGGAUUCUUGUCCUUAAAUAUAUUGUACCAAUCAUAUUGGGCUAAAUACCAAUUAAUUGUUUUAUAUUUUCCUUUCUUAAAUAAUAGUACUUUUCUUUUUUCUUUAGAGUUUACUUUUUCGAUCGGAAAAGUUACUUCAAAUACUAUCGUUUUGUGGUCACUCAAAACUAAAUCAUCUAUAAUUUUGUAUUUUUCUAUUAAUUGCUUAUUUUGUAGGAUAAGGUCUAGUGUAUGGGAAUUGUUAAACAUGGUUGGUUCUCUUAUUAUCUGAUUUAAAUUUAGCUUAUUUAAGGUAUUGUAGAAAUAUAAAUUCUGAUUUUCUUUCGGAAGUGUAAACUCUUGCCAAUUUAUUUUCGGAAAGUUUAAAUCCCCUAAAAUAAUAGUUGAGAGAUCAUUUUUGUAUUUUUUCUUUAUUAAUCCCCAAAAAUUUUUAUCAUCGACUAAUUUUGUAUUUGGAGGCCUAUAUAUUAAAUGGAAUCUAAUUCUCUUAAAUUCUGAGUAAAUAUCGAAGGUAAGGAGUUCAUGAUUGUAUGCGGAUAUUGAAAGUGUCGGAAUAUUAAUAAUUUUUAUUUCCUUUUUAUAAACUACGCCUACGCCCCCGCCUCUUUUUUUUAAUCUAUCUACUCUCAAAAAGUCGUAACUAUCAGAAGUGAGAAGGGAUUCAUUCGAUGUAUUAUCAGUUAGCCAUGUCUCACUUAAAAAAGCUACAUGAAUAUUAUUUUUAAUUAAAUAAUUUUCUAAUUCAAAUAAUUUAUUUGCGGUUUUUUCUGAAUUAAUGGAGCGUAUAU